AUGGCCUGGGUCAGUAAUUUCUCCUGGUUAAACCACCUUGCCCUACACGAGGAACAUCUCAGGGGGUACCUAAACAGCACUGAGGAUUAUCUAACCUUCCUGUGUGGGCCCAGACGGAGCCACCUGUUCCUGCCCAUGGCUUUGGUGUACUCCGUGAUCUUCCUCGUCGGGGUGACGGGCAACUUCUUGGUUUGCCUCGUCAUCCUCAAGCACCGCAGCAUGAAGACCCCGACCAACUACUACCUGUUCAGCCUGGCAGUCUCGGACCUGCUGGUGCUGCUCUUUGGCAUGCCCCUGGAGGUCUACGAGAUGUGGAGCAACUACCCCUUCCUGCUGGGGCCGGCGGGCUGCUACCUGAAGACGGCUCUCUUCGAGACGGUGUGCCUGGCGUCGGUGCUGAGCGUGACGGCGCUGAGCGCUGAGCGCUUCGUGGCGGUGCGGCACCCGUUCCGUGCCAAGCUGGGCAGGCCCCGGCGCCGCGCCCUGCGCUCCGUGCUGGCCCUCUGGCUGCUCUCUGCUCUCUUCGCCCUGCCCAACACGGGCGCCCACGGCAUCACCCUGCAGCGCUUCCCCAAUGGUACCCUGGUGCCCGGCUCGGCCACCUGCACCGUGGUGGUGCCCCUGUGGGUCUACAACUGGAUCGUGCAGGUCACCUCCGUGCUCUUCUACGUGCUGCCCAUGGCCGUGAUAAGCGUGCUGUACUGUCUGAUGGGGCUAAGAUUGAAAGGAGAUGAAUCUCUGGAAGUGGAGGAAAUGGCUGUGAAUGUUCAGAGGCCAUCCAGAAAAUCAGUCACCAAGAUGUUGUUUGUCCUCGUGAUAGUUUUUGCCGUCUGCUGGGCUCCAUUCCAUAUAGACAGACUUUUCUUCAGCUUUGUUGUGGAGUGGACUGAGCCUUUGGCCAAUACCUUCAACUUAAUUCAUGUGGUGUCAGGUGUGUUCUUCUACCUGAGCUCUGCUACAAACCCCAUCAUUUACAACCUCUUGUCCCAGCGCUUCAGGAUGGCUUUCCUCAGUGUGAUUUCUCCUUGCUGCAAGCACUGCACCCCCAAACAUCCCACGUGCAAGAUUUCAUCCCAGAAGAGCAUGUUUGUGAUUGAGGAUCACAACCUCAUGGACUCUGCUGAGAACACGAGUGUCCCUGGCACACACAGGACAUCUGUCAGCAGCUCUCAGCUCUCCACUGGCCUCUGA